ACUUCCCCUCCAUCUUGCAUUUGGUUCCCCCAACUCUGUUUGAACGACGGUGAACGUAUUCGCGGUUAUUCAAAUCUAUUUUCAUUGAUCUACAUUCUGUGUAUCUGGAAAAUCUCAUCCAUCCAACGCCAUGGUCCUUCAGGAUCUCGGGCGGCGCAUCAAUGCCGCCGUCAAUGACAUGACCAGGUCCAACAACCUGGACGAAAAGGCCUUUGAUGACAUGAUCAAGGAGAUCUGUGCCGCCCUCCUAUCCGCUGACGUCAACGUUCGCCUCGUCCAGACCCUCCGCAAAUCGAUCAAAUCCAGCGUCAAUUUCGCAACCCUGCCGCCCGCCGUGAACAAGAAGCGUAUGAUCCAGAAGGCCGUCUUUGAUGAGUUGGUUAAGCUGGUUGAUCCCCAUGCGGACCCUUUCCGCCCCAAGAAAGGCCGCUCCAAUGUCAUCAUGUUCGUUGGUCUGCAGGGUGCGGGUAAGACAACCACCUGUACCAAGUUGGCCCGUCAUUACCAGACCCGCGGCUUCAAGACCGCCCUUGUUUGCGCGGAUACCUUCCGUGCGGGUGCUUUCGAUCAGCUGAAGCAGAACGCGACCAAGGCGAAGAUCCCCUACUACGGUAGUCUGACCCAGACGGACCCCGCGAUCGUCGCCGCCGAGGGUGUGGCCAAGUUCAAGAAGGAGCGCUUCGAGAUCAUCAUUGUCGAUACUAGCGGUCGUCACCAGCAGGAGGAGGAGCUGUUUAACGAAAUGAUCCAGAUUCAAACGGCCGUCACCCCCGACCAGACCGUCCUGGUUCUCGACAGCACGAUCGGUCAAUCUGCCGAAGCCCAGUCGUCUGCUUUCAAGGCCACUGCCGACUUCGGUGCCAUCAUUAUCACGAAGACAGACGGUCACGCCGCCGGCGGUGGUGCCAUCUCCGCCGUCGCCGCUACGCACACCCCGAUCAUCUUCCUCGGAACGGGCGAACACAUGAUGGACCUGGAACGGUUCGACCCCAAGUCGUUCGUCCAGAAACUGCUCGGCAUGGGCGACAUGGCCGGACUGGUCGAGCACGUCCAAGCCGUGACCAAGGACUCGGCCUCCGCCAAGGAAACCUACAAACACAUCUCGGAGGGUAUCUACACGCUGCGCGACUUCCGCGAGAACAUCACAUCGAUCAUGAAGAUGGGUCCGCUCUCCAAACUCUCCGGCAUGAUCCCGGGUCUGUCCAACCUGACCCAGGGGCUCGACGACGAAGACGGCUCGCUCAAGCUCCGCCGCAUGAUCUACAUCUUCGACAGCAUGACCGUCGCCGAGCUCGACAGCGACGGCAAGCUCUUCGUCGAGCAGCCCAGCCGCAUGGUCCGCAUCGCCUGCGGCAGCGGCACGACCGUCCGCGAAGUCGAAGACGUCCUCUCCCAGCACCGCAUGAUGGCCGGCAUGGCGAAGCGCGUCGGCGGGCAGAAGAAGCAGAUGCAGCGCGCUCAGAACAUGCUCAAGGGCGGCAACAAGGACCAGCAGCUGGCUGCGAUGCAGAAACGCAUGGCGGCGAUGGGCGGUGGCGGCGGAGCCGGUGGCAUGCCCGACAUGGCCAAGAUGAUGCAGAUGAUGCAGGGUCAAGGCGGCGGCGGCGGCGGCAUGCCCGGCCUUGGCGGAAUGGACCUGCAAGGCAUGAUGAGCCAAAUGAGUGGGAUGUUUGGUGGUGGUGGUGGCGGCGGUGGAGGACGUGGCCGAGGCCGAUGAUACAUUACUCCAAUCCCGUCAUACCAGCAUGCCUGCUUCUUUCUAUUAAUGUCUUCUUCUAUUCAUGUCUUUUUUUCUUCUUUCUUUCUUUUGUUAUGUUAUAUCUCCCCUGGUCUCUACACGGGCUGCGUGCGGUUCCUGCGACGAUGAUGCCACAUUAAACGCACCCUGGGUCGUUCAGUUCUAGCAUACGGAUGGUGUUUGGCGUGGCGAAUUCUACUUGUACUCUUUUUCUCUUUUCCAGGGAUAAUCUGCAAAUACAUGAACGACGACGGAAGUUCUAUUUGUCUUGCACUUAGCACUUACAAACUUACUACCUAGUAUCUACCCAUCAGUUCACUAC